AAGCUAACGUUAGCCGCGGUGGUGUUUUCGGCUGAUGGCUGACUUCGGCAGCAGGAUCCUGACGUCUUCUGAAUAUCUGCUGGUUCGAGGUGGAGCAGCCGGAAAAGCGCCGUCGUCCUCGGUCAUGGCCGGAAACGGAACCUGGGAGGCAGCGGGCGGCAUGGACCAGAUCACCGUGGUGAGGAUAGACGACACGCACAUCGCCGAGGAGCAGUCGCACCUCAGCGGGAAGGUGAGGAGCAACGUGUCCGAGUACUACGAGAUGGAGUACUCGCUGCCCGCCGAGGAGGAGGUGCUGGAGGAGGAGGAGGACGGCGUCUACGUCAUCGAGUACUCCAACCCCGAGGAGGAGGGAGAGAGCUACCAGUUCACCAUGUCCGUGGACCGGUCGCUCCCCGCCAAAAAGCCGGCCGUCAAACACCCAGCGGUCAAAGAGAACGCCACAGAGCUGCCACCGCCCAGACCGCCGAGGCCGAGGCACGAGGCGGUCCAGACGAAGAAGCUGGAGGAGGCCGAGGAGGAGGAGGAGGAGGCCGAGGAGGUGAUGAUGAGCAAUAAGAGCGUCCUGGAGCUCGGCGAGGAUUACAGCGACGUCAUGAACUCGGGCUCCGGGAAGAGACAGUUGGUGUGCACCAUGUGUCCGCCGCCCGGGAAGACCUUCAAGAGGGCGUCGGGUCUGGCCGUGCACCUGAAGCAGAUGCACCGCAUGGAGGGCAAGAAGACGUUCUUCUGCACGUCCUGCCAGCAGUCGGUCCGCACGCAGGUGGAGCUGGACGCCCACACGAGGCGCCACGCCAACCAGGACGCCGUCUUCACCUGCCACCUGUGCUCAGCCGACAGCCAGGCGGCGUACCGCGGCUCCAAGUGGGGCCUGAGGAAGCACCUGCAGAAGGAGCACCCGGGCGUCGUGCCGCGCUGCGACAUCUGCAACAAGGGCUUCAAGUCGCUCGCGUCGUACCUCGCCGACCAGUUCCGGCACGUCGGCGUGUCGCCGUACUACUGCGCCAAGUGUCAGAUCUACGAAAUGACUGAGAGGGGUCUGAGCGUGCACAUCAAGAACCACAACAAGAAGAAGAAGAGGGACCAGCAGCAGCAGCAGCAGGCGGCCGGACACGACCCGCCGCCGCCGCCGCCACCGGGGCUCCUCGCCGCCGCCGAUAACUCAGCCACAGACGACUCUGACUUCUGAGCUGUUUGUGGUUCUCAGACUGAAGCGGCAGCAGCUCAGUGACUCCUCGUGUCGGACUCAGGUCCGACUUUAUGCAUCUGAACUGAAUGUUGGACAGAAACCGUUUUAGUCUGUGACCAGUAGAGAGCUUUUUCUCAACAAUCGUCCCUUUUUAUUUUCAGAUUUUCUGAUAAACUGGCUGCAGAACAGAGAAGGUGAAGGUGCAUCACGCUGCGUUAGAGGAGGCUCUGUCACUCUUUACUUCUUGUUUAAUUUGGAUAAAGAGUUGUGGGUUUUUAUCACUAUAAAUAUAUCAAAAUAAAGUCCUGAACCUUCAGGGGAACAGAACAACUGUGACUAGAAGGAGGAUGAACUCAGAAGAAAACACAAACAACUGGAAUCAACAUGUACAGCGUUCCUGUUGACAUCACUGGAACAAAAACACUAAAGAUAUUUAAUUACUCUGGUGUCUCUUAACAAGCUGCAAAUUACAAUUUCCCUGAGGUACCUACCAAAGGGAUCAAUGAAGUUAUAUCUAAUCUAAUCUAAAUUACAAUUUUAUUAAUUAUUUUACAAAAAUUUCAAAAGCUGGAAUCAACUUGUGCAAUGAAUUGUAAAAAAAACAAAAAAGUUGAAUUUCUUUGAUUAUUUAUUUUACAAAUAAUAAACUAAAAUCAACAAGAACAAUAUUUUUCAAAGCGCCCACAGGUUUAAAAAAUGCUGGAAAAACUGAAUUUUUAGUUUUUUACUGAAUCUGGUUCAAGCAAACGGUUUAUUUUCUGACUUUUUAAGUGAAUUUUACGCUUUAAAUUUGGUUGUUUUAAUUGACGGACGAAAAUCCAACAAUUCGUUGUUUCUGAUUUGCUAAAAAAUUGUUAUUUUGGCCUUUUUUUUUUUUUUUUUUAGGAUAACAUUCACACACUUUCCCAGCAUGCAGCUCAGCGUGACGCCACCUUCACGUUCUCUACGGACGCCAGAACACGUCUCAUUCUAGGAAAACAAAAGUCCGUUCUGACCGAAUACGUCGUCGCUACCCGAGUAGACUGUGUAGGAUUCGUCCCAUCACCUCCUCUGUGUGUGUUUGAUUCAAAAACAGACUGAAUGCUUCACCGGUGGUUCAAACAGCAGAGCCAGGUUCAGGUCUUUAGGUUUUUAUCCACUAAUCAUUUGCUCUUUGCAGAAUACUUCUCAAAUCAAAGUGCAGUUUUUAAGGUAUUUCUGUGGCAGUGAGUAACACUAAUGUGCUGUGAAGUCAGCAGCAGACGGAUUAUUGUCACGAUUCAAUGAAUGUUUGGCUUCACAGAGGUUCAGAAGAAAACAUGAUUAAUGGUGAAUCUGCUGAAGGGGGUUGGUUUCAUUUCACGUUUUUCUUUCCACAGUUUUUGUCUGAGGGUGUUUUUUUUUUUUAAACAGCUUGGCUCAUAAAUGUAAAGAUUUUAAAGAUGUCAGACGUCAGAACAGAUUCAGAGAAACAGACGUUGGACUAAAAAACAGACGAGUACAUGUUCUGUUACACAAUGAGUUGAGUUUAGACACUAACAGAAGGUGUUUCUGUCGACGGUUUCCAGCUCUGAACUCCUGCUUUUAGAUGAACUCUUGUCAUAAGUAGUCGACAAAAACAAACCUCAGUCUCAUUUUGAGCCGAAUAUUAUUUAAAGUUCAGAUUUUUGACUUUUAACGAGUUGAAAAUCUGCUGCUGAAGCUCCAGACCAGCUCCUAAACUGACCUUCACUGGUUUCCUGAUGUGUAAACUUUUGGUUUGGGAUGAAAAAAAAACCCAAAACAUGAUGAAAUGUUCAAUUUAGAAAAGUAUUAAACCAAAUUAUCGUUUUUUAAAAUCCUCAUUUAUGAAGUAAAAAGCCAAAAGUUUAGAGGAGUUGUUUCAAUCAGUGUUAAUUUAACAUUUUAAAAGUCAGUUCACUGCAGUAAAGAACUGAAAGAUGAAUAAACAGUGUUUCCUUAAAUCAUAUUUACUGCUAAUCAUGACUGCCGUGUAAAGUUCAACCCCCUGAGGGAUUAUUUUGAGGUUCGAGGAGGCGAAAAUGUCCAAUAUUUAAAGAAAAAGUCGAGAAAAGUGCACCUAUCGUUAAUCCUUAAUCAUCACAUGACCCCUUCAGAUUCAUCUCGGACCCUCUUAGGGGCCCCGACCCACAGGUUGUGUCACAGUUUGUUUUUUGUUGAAAGCAGAAGUUUCACUGAAGUCAAAGAAGCCAAACGUGUGCAGCCGAGCUUCACGAGCUGAAAACAACUGAAACGUUUCAUUUCAAACUCCUUCAUGGAUAAAUGUUUUUAUUUGUCGAGGAUGAAACGAGUCAACGGUGCUAAAAAACACCAAAACAUCACCGAGUUUGGUGCACAAACGGUUUUUUCUUCUGUUUUUAGGAACCUUCGGUCGGUUUUCAUGUUUUGUUUUUAAUGAGUGUCUGGGUGAAACGUUUGCCGUGUUCGUUUCUGGUUUUUUAUUCUUUGUUGUGUCGGUUUGUCUCUGCAACUUUAUCCAUUAAAGGGAAACGCCACUAAGCUUCA